AUGGCAGAUGAACUAGUCGAGUUAGCAGCACAAGAUGUAUUCGUUUUACUGGGAGUACCUGUCCCUGACAACAUAGAAAUUAGAAAUAAUCUGGAAGAACUAGAUACACACGAUGGUGAUGAAGACUCGAAGAUCUCUCUUACUGAAGGAGAAUUAAUACGUUUUAAAACAGCCACUGAUCCAAUUGUGAACGAUGUAACUCCCCUAGAAGAAAUUGACAAUAGUUCUACUGAUAGUUUGACAAAAAGUGAAAAAGAAGAAAAUAGAUGGUACAAUCCGGCAAUGAAUACAGGACUCGAAAGAUCAGAUAUUGAAUCCUUAAAAAAAUUAUUAGGUGCUAUCAAGCACACCAACCCAGCGACAACUGUAGCAGCGUUGACCAAAUUAAAAAAAGAACCAAUAACAAACGAGGCUUACCAAAAUAUGUUUAUUGCUCAAAACGGUUUUGAAGUAUUGAUUAACAUACUCGAAUGUAAUAACGACAAGUGUAUGAUUGAAUCUUUAAACAUCAUAUACAAAAUGUCUGAAAACUAUGGUAUCCAAUGCUCGUUGUGUAACUUAGACGUAGUAAAACCGCUGGUAAGUAUUUUACUGUUCGAAAAGAAUGUCACUGUAAAAAGCAUAGCCGCGGCUAUAUUACAAAACAUUUCAAAGUUACGUAAAGGUAGAAAACUAAUUCGUUUGAACAACGGCAUCCGGAUCCUAGUACAAUCAAUGAAAGUACCCAAUAAUAUAUUUUUAACUCCAGUAAAAAAAUUGAGUUUAGUAAAUCGACCUAUUGUGAAGCUGUUGACGAAGUGUGCUGGUACUCUGAACUCAUUAUGUAAAUCGUUAAAAAGCCAAGAAGAAUUAUGGCAUUGUGGGUUCAUGCAACUCAUACCAUUAUUUUUGAAAACCAUUCACGUGAAUAUACAGUUAUGCGUGAUGAGUUUAAUAGCCGAAUGUUGUCGUUCAAGAUCAAACACUGCUGGUCAAAAAGAGAAUAUGAACUAUAAAUUUAAACUAGCUCUAAAAGAGUUCAACAUUUUACCGCAAAUCAUACAACUUAUGGUCAGUAGUAUUGAUGAGAUUGCAGAAAAAGCAGCUGAAACGAUUUUGUUUAUGUUUGAAGACGAUACCUCUAUAUAUGAUAUAUUAUUGAAAAAUAAAGGAAUGAGAGCCAUUUUUGAAGCUAUUCAAAAAUUUCAGAACGUUCAAUGUGUUAUGGUCAUACUCAUCACUGUGCUGUGGAAAAGUUCCAUGAACACAUAUUGUAGAGCAAUAAUUAUUGAAGACAGUUUCGUAAAUCACUUGCUGGAAUUAUUAUCGUACCCGUACAACGAUCAAGUGGUUGGCUAUACUGUCGCUACACUAACUGAGUUAUGGAAAUCUGAAUCACUGCGUCCAACGUUAAGACAGAAAGCUCUACCAAAGUAUUUGGAACUACUUCGGUUAAGCCAGCACGAUCUGAUAUUGACUUUCGUGUGCACCGCUCUGAGCAAGGCAUCGAGUGAUCCAGAAUCCAUGGAAAUUAUUAACCAGGCCCAUGGCUUUCAAAUGGUACUAGGCCUACUGCCUUCACUGAAAAUUGACCAGUUUGACAAAUACGAUGAUUUCAAUGGUUCAGAAAUGAUAAUUGCCGCUACCGAGUGUCUGACCAUGAUGAUUCACAAUAUGCCAAACAUGAAUCAUUUCAAGCGAAUGUAUAAAGCGUUGUGUGACUUAGUAAAUCUUUUAACGCACAACCAUUUGGAUAUUUUGGCAGCAGCUUGUGGGCUUAUUGAAGUAAUCGCCUCGUUUGAUGAUAACUUGAAGUUUAUGAUCGACGCUGGAGUGAUUGAAAAUUUGACUAAACUUUUGCCUACGACGCACAACAACUUAAGAGCCAAUUUGUGUAAAGCUUUGGGUAAAUGUUGUAGAGUAGGAAUUAAAGGACGUAAAAUGUGCUGCAAAUACAUUUUAGAACAGUUAAUGGUAUAUAUGGAGACCGGCGAUCAAACGGUUAAGGACAACAUACCUAUGGCAUUAAGUGGAUUAUCCGUAGAUCCGUUAAACUGUGUGAAAAUUGAAAUAUUAGGAUUUAUUCCAUUUUUAAGAAAAUGCAUGAAAUCGAGUAACUCUGAAAUGGCUGAUGCUGCGAAUAAAUGUAUGAAAAAUGUAAGACAAGCAUGUACAGGUAUAGGUCAAUAUCGGGAUUGUAAAACAUUGUCUACUCUAGAAGAAAUCUAAAACACUGAAUUGUCAUCAUUGUAUCGAAUAAAAUCAUGUAUA